GCAACAGAGUAAUAUUGUUUCCUACGAAACCGUAAGUUUCACUGCCAGAAUAGCAGAAAUAUUUUUGUUUGACACCCCGACGUUAUAUAAGCCCGCGAGCCGCCGCCGCCGCCGCCGCUGCUAGGGCGGACGAGCGCUCGCCAUGGCGGCUAGCCGAGCGAGGCAACUCCACGCUCUCUACCUGACGAGAGGAUGCCGUGACCCAGACAUGUGGGCCAACCUCGCCAAGGUCUACGCCUCCAACUCCUUCCUCCGGGAGGCCGCUAUCAUCUACUCGAAACUACUGCCCCAUCGUACUCACCACCUGCCCCUUGUCAUCGUCCUCCUCAAGGCAACCGCCUCCCGCGCGGAUCCCGUCCUCGGCAGGGCCCUCCACGCGGAGGCCGUGAAAUCCGCCAACGCCCACGACCGCCUCGUGGGGACGACGCUGGUGUCCGUGUACUGCAAGUGCGGCCUCCUGGCCGACGCGCGCAGGGUGUUCGACGGAAUGCUGGACCGGAACGCCGUGACGUGCAACGCCAUGCUCGCCGGGUACGCGGCGGCGGGAGACAUGGUGAGCGCGGAGGCGCUGUUCGCCGGCAUGGGCUCACGGACUCCCGUCACGUGGGCAACGCUGAUCCGGGGGUUCGCGGGGAAGGGCGACAUGGCGGAAACGCGGCGGUGGUUUGAGGCCAUGCCGCUGGGCAUGCAGAACGUCGUCACGUGGACCGUGGCCGUGCAGGCCUACGUUGCCGCGGGGGACAUGGAGACCGCGAGGGAGCUGUUCAACAAGAUGCCUGCGCGGAACGCGUUUGUGUGGUCGUCGAUGGUCACCGGGAACUUCAAGGCUGGCAAUGCCGACGAAGCGCAAGCGGUGUUCGACAAAAUCCCCGUGCGCAACUUGGUGAACUGGAACGCACUAAUAGCAGGGUAUGCCAAAAUGGGAUGCUGCGAGAAGGCACUGGAAGCAUUUCACUCCAUGCUAAAGGACAAGAUCAAGCCGGACGAGUUCACCAUGGCAGGUGUUCUCUCUGCCUGCGCACAGCUCGGUUCGCUAGAGCAAGCGAGAAAGGUUCACAAUUUCAUCAUCCAGCACCGUAUCCGGAAGAACCAGUUCGUUAUGAAUGGCCUGGUUGACAUGUUCGCCAAGUGCGGUGACCUCGCUUUCGCACGAAAUAUCUUCGACAACAUGCAAUGGAGGAACACCGAAUGCUGGAACUCGAUGAUCUCUGCACUUUCCAGCCAUGGACAGAGCAUUGAGGCUAUUCGGUUGUUCUCCAAGAUGGAGUGUUCGGAGCAGAAGCCUAAUGAGAUCACACUUCUUGCCGUACUCGGAGCUUGCACACACGGAGGAUUUGUAGAUGAAGGACUAAGAAUCUUCAGCAAAUUCGAUAUUUACGGGGUUGCUGCUGCAGUAGAGCAUUACGGCUGCCUGGUUGAUCUCUUGGGCCGUUCUGGAAGAUUGAGGGAAGCUUAUGAGAUUGUCAAGAACAUGCUUGUUGAACCCAAUGAGGUGAUCUGGGGCUCCCUGCUCGGAGCUUGCAGGGUGCAUGGCGAUGCAGAGAUGUCUGAACUCGUAUCAAGUGAGAUCCACCAAUUGCACUCCCGUCGUGUGUCAACCAACGAUGCAGAGUACAUCUUGCUGUCAAAUAUCAUGGCCUCGUCGGAGAGGUGGGAGCAGGCUGAACGCAUGAGGAGAAAGAUGGCGCUCCAUGGAGUUGGGAAGACCCCAGGGUGCAGUUCAGUGGAGCUCGAGAUUACUGAACACCAAGUAUGUGCAGGCAGUGGUACGUUAUCCCAGCUACACUGACUGCAUUUUUUGCAUGUCCCAAAUGUUCUUCCGAAAGUGUUUUCACAAGUUGCCCAGAAAAGAAAAGCCCCUCAUGUGCUGGAUAUUCUAUUAACUGUACUUCUUAUACAUAGAUGAUUAGACAAGGACAUUAGAUUAUUAGACAAGGGAAUUAUCUGUUCUGUUGCAUCCCUUUAUCAACUGGUGCUGGCAUAGAAAUAACUACACACUUCGUGUCAAUUUUAUAUGCUAAUAUCAGUCAACAGGCACAAUUGAAUUAUGUAUUUGAACAUCAAUUUUUGUGGUUGAAAUGUUAAAAGAAAAAUCUUCACUAACGAUAUCAGAAAAUACAUUUCUGCCAAAUUUCCAAGAUCAAAGGCACCAAAACGACUUCAGGGUGCAGUUCGGUUGAGCUUGACAUUUCUGAACACCAAGUACACGCAGGCAGUGGUACGUUAUCCCAACUACAUUAACUGCAAUUUUGCUUGUCUCAAAUGUUCUGGCGAAGCGGUUUCACAAUUGGCUUGAAAAGAAAAGGGAUUUUCUAUCAACUAGUAUGCUUCUUGUACAUAGAUGACUGUACAAGGGAAAUUUAUAAUCUGCUGCAUCCGUUUAUCAACUGGACACGAUGCUGGCAACUGUGCAAUUCCCUCAAUAAAAAAACGGUCAUGUCAAUUUUAUAUGCGAAUAAUGUCAGUGUGC